UACGCACCACCGUCAAACCCGACGGGGCCCGUCCUCGCCGACCGCCGCCGGCCUCCGCGUCUCCCCCAGCCGGAGCACGCACCUACGCCGCCCCUACCUCCUCCCCGCUCCGCGCUCCCCUCCUCCUCCUCGCCCCGCCGGCCGGAACAUGGCGUCCACCGGAGGAGAUCCGUCCGGAUUCGUCGAUUGCGCAAUUCCGCUGCAAUCAGAAAUUGUAGUUGAUAAUAACCCUUCGAAGAGUGUAAAUACCAAAGAGCAGAUUAAUUCUAUUACAGCUGAGAAAACAAGUGCUACCACUGCGCGUGGCUCUACCUCCCUAAAGUCGCCAAAAGGUGCACAGGAGAAGGCUAGUUUUUUGGGAAAAGCUGGAGAACAGCCUUAUGUCUACCAGCCCAAUGUGUAUGCACCACAGCCACAGGCAGUCUAUUCUGGAGGAUACAUGAAUCCUUCAGGGCAGUGGGAAGAGUAUCCCUAUUAUGUGAGUAUGGAAGGACUCCAUUCUGCGUCGCCUUUCUACGAUGGUAACCAGUCAGUCAUGCUAUCUCCUGGGUAUGCGAACAACCCCCAAAUGAUGUAUGGAGCUUAUUCUCCUGUUUCAAAUGUUGGAGAUGGCCAGUCCUACUCCCCAAUGCACUUCCCCUUCUCAACUCCUUACUACCAGCCUCCGGCUUCUCCUAGUAUGGGAUACUCAAAUUCCGGUACUGGAAUGUCUCAAGGAGACCCUAUGCUUCAGCAAGAAUACUUCCUUCCUGAUGGCCUUUUGUAUUCACCAACAGCCGCGUACCACCAACCAUUUGGGUCAUACAACAGAGGAGCAACGCAACCGAGCAAUGCUCCAGGACUCUAUGGGCAAGGGAAUGUACCACUGGCUUCUGGAAUGCAGCAUGGAUCAAUGUAUGGUUCUGGAUCCUACAAGCCACGCCAACAAACUGGUAAAUAUGGAGGCGCUACUCCAAAUUGGAGUUCUGCUGGUCGCAGAUAUAAUAAUUUUGAUUAUAGCUCCAGUCAACAAAGGGUGCCAUUUGGUAUCCAGAAUGGUUCUCUGGAGUUUCUGAAUGAGCAAAACCGUGGCCCACGUGCUGCAAAACCAAAGAAACAAGACACGGAAAAUUCUUCAGUGGAGGACAAAAGCGAGAAACCCACUCCAUUGGUUGAUAGUGAACUGUACAACCGUCCUGAUUUUGUCACUGAGUACAAGGAUGCGAAAUUCUUUGUAAUUAAAUCAUACACGGAGGACCAUGUACAUAGGAGCAUUAAGUACAAUGUUUGGGCCAGCACAGCUAGCGGGAAUAGAAAGCUGGAUUCAGCUUAUCGUGCGGCCAAAGAUAAAGAAGACCAUUGCCCUAUUUUCUUGUUUUUCUCGGUUAAUGGGAGUGGUCAGUUCUGCGGUGUGGCUGAGAUGAUUGGACCUGUUGACUUUGACAGAAGUGUUGAUUAUUGGCAGCAAGACAAGUGGAGUGGCCAGUUUCCUGUGAAGUGGCACAUUGUCAAGGAUGUUCCGAACAAUUUACUGCGGCACAUCACUCUUGAGAACAAUGAUAACAAACCUGUAACAAACAGCAGAGACACCCAGGAGGUGAAGCUGGAGUAUGGUCUCCAGAUGUUAACCAUCUUCAAGAAUCAUGAGGCAGAGACAACCAUCGUGGAGGACUUCGACUUCUAUGAGCAACGCGAGAAAGCCUUGAAGGAAAAUAGGCGUCAGCAGCAGCCGGGCAGCACAGAGCCCCUGAAGCCAACAGACGCUAAGGUCAUGGGAGAUUCUAUUGCUCUUAUCUCUGACAAAUUUUCUCGGACCGUCCAGCUGAAGGAAACUGAGAAAAGUGACAACAAACUGAGAGCUGAGGGUGCCAUCUCAGCGGGUGAUGCACAGACAGCUACCGUCAAGGCUGAAGAAAGCAAGGCGAAGAAAAGCGUAAGCCCUGUGGAGGAAAGCAGUUGAUUUAUCCAUCUCCGUGCAGUUUACUAGUUUGGAGCAGCAGUUGGUUGGAGUCAAAUGUGGAGGUGAGGAGGGAAAAAGGGUGGUUGGUUGGAGUCAAAGUGGGCUGCUGCUUCAGUUGUACAACAUCAUAGGCUUUGUUUCACUACCAUUUAGGUUAUAGUUUCAAUAUCCAAUAGUUUCAAAGUUCUUGUUCGGGGUUUCCUGCUUCUGUGUCUUUUAUUUUCUUCCUUGUCUCCUUUCGUUUUGCUUGUGUCGUGUUGUCGUGAAUGCUGUCCAGUUUUAGUGCCUUCUCAUCUCCUCCUUUCGUUUUACUCGUGUCAGUGUCAUGAAUGAUGUCCCGUUUUUAGUGGUACCUGCGUCUGUGUUGUGAAUGCUGUUCACUUUUAGUGUCUCUGGCCAUAAAUGGCAGAUUUAUGCAGCAAAGAGCAUUCCAUACUCUGCAA